UUUUCUAGGGUGAGGUGUAAGUUACGAUCUUUCGAUUAUUUAAAUUAUCAAUAACAUUUUACAAUAAUGAAAUAGUGUUAUAUACUCGAAAGUGCUCAAAUAUGUAUUGUAAUAGUGAUCUAUCAAAUUAUAGUUUGUUUAAAGUGUAGUGUCCAACAUGUUUCGAUGUAUACCUUUGUUCAAAUGUAAUCGCCAAGUGGAAUGUGUAGACAAGCGGCAUUGCUCGUUGCCAACAGUGCCUGAAGACAUAUUGCGAUAUUCCAGGAGUCUUGAGGAACUUCUUUUGGAUGCCAAUCAUAUACGGGAUCUUCCGAAGAAUUUCUUCAGAUUACAUCGAUUAAGAAGAUUAGGUCUUAGUGAUAAUGAAAUACACAAACUUCCACCAGAUAUACAAAAUUUCGAAAACUUAGUCGAGCUAGAUGUCUCUCGAAAUGACAUUCCAGACAUCCCCGAGGAUAUCAAGAAGCUCCGCGCCUUGCAGAUUGCGGACUUCAGCAGUAACCCCAUACCGCGAUUGCCUGCCGGCUUCAGCCAGCUGCGAGCACUCACCGUACUUGGCCUCAAUGAUAUGUCACUUACCAGUCUGCCCAGCGAUUUUGGAAGUCUGAUAUCUCUUCAGUCGUUAGAGCUCAGAGAAAAUUUGUUGAAGUCACUACCAGAGUCGCUAAAAAAUUUAACAAAGUUGGAGAGGUUAGAUUUGGGCGACAAUGAAAUUGAAGAACUGCCUGGAUUCGUCGGAGAGUUGCCUGCAUUGCAGGAAUUAUGGCUGGAUCACAACAAGUUGCAGUAUUUACCACCAGAAAUUGGUAACUUAAAAGCUCUAACAUGUUUGGAUGUCAGCGAAAACAAACUGGAGAAACUUCCGGAAGAAAUCGGCGGGCUUUGCUCCCUGACUGACUUGCACCUCUCGCAAAAUAUGUUAGAAACGAUACCAGACGGUACCGGCGAUUUAUCCAAGUUAGCUAUACUAAAGUUGGACCAAAAUAGAUUACAUACGUUAAACGAAAAUGUAGGAAGGUGUACAAAUCUUCAAGAGCUUAUAUUAACGGAGAAUUUUUUAAUGGAGCUGCCUAAGUCGAUAGGGAAUCUCAAUGAAUUGACAGUACUGAAUGUAGAUAGGAAUUCUUUGGGUGAAAUACCAUUAGAGAUUGGAAAUAUGAUGUUGUUGGGCGUACUAAGUUUAAGAGAUAACAAAUUAACAAGACUGCCAAAUGAACUCGGAAAUUGUAGAUCACUGCAUGUUUUGGAUGUCAGCGGCAAUAGGUUACAAUACUUACCCUACACAUUAGUGAACUUGGAACUAAAGGCUGUUUGGUUAUCGGAGAAUCAGGCACAACCUCUCCUGAGCUUCCAGACAGACAGAGAUGAAACUACUGGCGAGAAUGUUCUCACCUGCUUCUUGUUACCUCAACUUAGUUACACGCAACAACCAGAGCUGGAACACACGUCCGAAGUCGGCAGUGGACAUUGGUACAGGGAUCACAGAUUUAAUUCACAAUCGCAAGAAAUAUUUAGAGUUAAAGAUACGAGUGCAUCACGUGAACGCGACCUUGAUGACAUGGACUGGCAAGAAAAAGAAGAGUCCCGUACGCAUUCUGUCAAGUUCACAGAAGAGUACACAGAAGCUAAAGAGACUCCAUUUGUACGUCAAAAUACGCCGCAUCCAAAGGAAUUGAAGGCGAAGGCUCACAAGAUACUUGGCCGUUCGCCAGAGAGUGCCCACGUGCAAUCAGCUGCCCGCGAUCUGCCUACUGCGAAUGGUUUACCUACGUCACCUCCAGAAUCCACGCCAGUGGCGGCGGUGCAAGACUACGAGCCGGUACAAAACACGGAAGUUGAUUCCGAUGUCAGACAUGAAGAUAACGAAUACACAGGAGCUGUUGAAAGGGACUCAUCCGAAGGUGAAAACGACGAUAACGACGACUCUGACGAAUUAGAGCACGGUACGCGGCGCGUGGCGUGGCGCGUGUCGGUGCAAGAGCGGGCGGCGCCCACGGGCGCGGGUGGUCGCCUGCAUCGCCGCGACACACCACACCACCUCAAGAACAAGCGCGUCAACCAGAUCGACGCCGGCCGGGCGCGCGACCUGAUUGCGCAGGCGAUUAAGAAACGAGAACAACAAGAGGAACAGAAAACUGAUGAUGAAGAAGCUGGUGAAGAAAUCCCCGGAGAUACGGCUGAUGGCGAAUCAGUUUCGGGGCGGGCAGAAAGCGAAGUGCGUAUAAUAGGCGACCAGCGAUGCAUAGAGGUGCGAAUCGCCCGAGCAGCCGGCGGAUUAGGGCUGAGCAUCGCUGGAGGACGUGGCUCCACACCCUACAUCGGGAACGAUGACGGCAUAUUCAUAUCGCGGGUCACCCCUAACGGGCCUGCGUAUCUGGCUGGACUCAGGGUUGGUGAUAAGGUGCUUUCAGUGAACGGAACAUCGGUCGUGGAAGUUGACCAUUAUUAUGCAGUAGAAGUACUUAAGGCCAGUGGUGCAGUCUUGACUCUUGUCGUUACAAGAGACUCGCCAAAUUCAACAAGAACCCACAGUCGAGCGCCAAGUGGAGCGAGUCACCAUUCUGUAUCAAGUACUACUGACACGGUAUCCACCCUAGAAAAUGGGCAGAUACCAACUGGUCGAGGUGUAAUGUCCAAACCGCUAAUCAUCGGCAACCAAUACGCCCAAGAAUUGGAACCGGAGCAAAAAGAACAGAAGCUGAAUGUUCAGACGCCGGCAACCACUCCGAGCGUCAGCUUUAGUCCGUCCCCAACCGGUGCGGUCACCACUGAUACGUACCAGCGACUGCAGGCGUCGCCGCCGCCCCUCACCGCGCCCUACAUACCACCGGUGUACCAACAAAAGGUGCUAGUUCACACAACACUGAUUCGCGACGGCGCUGGACUUGGAUUUAGCAUAGCUGGCGGGAAGGGAUCACCGCCCUAUAGAGAAGACAGCGAUGCGAUCUACAUCUCGCGUAUUUCGCCGCAGGGUGCCGCUGCCAAGGACGGCAAGAUGUUGGUCGGCGAUAAAGUCGUCUCUAUCAAUGGCGUAGAUAUGGAGAAUGCACCUCACGAAGCGGCCGUAUCUCUGCUCACCGGCCACGAAAGAUUCGUGAGACUCGUCCUACAACGGACGAUCACUUCCGACCAAGGCGAGUUGCUCCCUCGGAAAUCGACGUCAGACGAAGUGAGAGAAAACCAGACGAGUUUGCAGAAUUUGUACAUCACUCCCACACCUAAACCCACCAAUCACGUUACCGCACCUCUUGUUGGAAACCAUACCGCACACGCCGCCCCGGUACCUCACGUUACCCCGGUACCACACUUGACAUCUGCACCGCACCCGACGCACUCAGCACGCGUGUCACCGCAUCCCAAUUCGUCCAACACACUACCGCAAGCGCAGAAGCAAACUACGUUCGCGCCCACCAACACUCUACCACCACAACCUGCACCGCGAAGACUCAGUCAGCCGAAUGGGCAGGCGCCCAAGUCAUCGACUAACAGUACGAGCACGCCCCUAACACCUGGCGGCAAUAACACGCACGGAUCGAGCGACGACGUGUUCGACGAUAUACAGCCGUCGCGGCCGAUCACGAACGAGGACUUCCAAGCGAUGAUACCAGCGCAUUUCCUGGGCGGGCCGAGACCGGCGGCGGCGUCCGAGCCGCCGGAAAGAGGCGUACGCGUCACCGUGGAACGGCCCAGCGCGGCCGGUGUGGUAUUGCCACCGGCGCCAGCCACCCUAGGCCGCGUCACUGAAACAAUCACCAAGUCGACCUUCACGGAGACCACCGUCACCAGGAUCACCGAUAACCAGCUCGUCGCCCCGCUUAUCAUCGAAGAUGUGACAUUGUUAAAGGAGGGUGGUUCUCUCGGAUUCAGCAUAAUUGGUGGCACAGACCACUCGUGCGUACCGUUCGGUGGCAAGGAGCCCGGCAUAUUUAUAUCACAUGUCGUCCCAGGGGGUGUGGCCGCACGAUCCGGCAAGCUUCGAAUGGGCGACCGUCUCAUUAAAGUAAAUGGGACUGAACUAACCGGCGCUACACAUAGAGACGCGGUGCAACUAUUGUUGCAGCCCGGUGCUACUCUCACACUCUCUGUGCGACACGAUCCAUUGCCACAGGGAUUCCAGGACCUAACCAUCAUUAAGCAAGAGGGCGAGAAACUGGGAAUGCACAUCAAAGGCGGUCUGAAUGGUCAACGCGGAAACCCUAACGAUCCAAAUGACGAAGGAGUUUUCAUAUCAAAAAUAAAUAGCGGUGGCGCUGCUAGGCGAGAUGCUAGACUCAAGGUCGGCAUGCGUCUGCUAGAAGUGAACGGAGUAUCACUUCUAGGGGCGACGCACAAUGAAGCCGUAAACGCUCUACGCUCUGCUACUAACGCGCCGCUGCAUCUUGUCGUGUGUUAUGGAUACACGCGGCCGGAGAAAUUCGCCACGGGUAGUGAAAGCGGGACGGCGGACACGGGCGGCUCUCUGUCUCACUCAACGUCAAGCCUGGACCGAGAUGAGCCCUUGCAUCAUCAGCAGGAGCAUCAUUUCCAACAGGAUCUAGUUGAGUUUGAACAUGAGAGACAAGUCGCAGAAGUUAGAGAAAAGUCUACACCAGAAAAGGUAUUAGACAUAGUCCACGCCGUUGAGAGCAUGGCUCUAGAACCCGCACCGCCAACAUCACCAGAGCCCCAACACAAGACGACUACAGUCGUUAUGUCGAAACACACACUUCAACCUCAGUCGUCUAGUUCGCAAGUGGCGCCCCCCUCGCCGCUCGCAGUGUUUACUCAGCAGAAGACGAAGACGCCGCCUCCUUCCACACCGACCACCCUCCACCGACUACCGUCCGCAAACGAUGGUACAUCCGUCGACCCGCCGCCACCGCCUCCGCCACCACAAAUGCAACCGCAACGCCCUCUACAACCGCCGCCGCCUCCCCCUGUCAAACAGAAACCACAAGUGCCGCGAAAACCUCAAAAAAAGCGAGUUAGUUUCACUCGGGAACCAGAUCACGAACCCGAACAAUACGAACAGUUGUCGACGAACGAUACGAAUACGAACACUCGAUCCUUUGUGCAUGACGAUGAUGCGGAAUUUAAAAGUUAUGAAACUAACGAUGCAUGUACGGGAAUUAGCUCAUUACUAAUCCAAAAUCGACCACCGACAGCCACGCUGGAGGUCUCGAGACCGGUCCAUAAGGCAAGUUUAGUACUUCCCGAAGACUUUAUCAUUCCUCCUCCCCCAUCGUUCGAUACGAACGAAAAUAAUAUUUCUGUUGAGAAUGAGUUGUGUGUGCCGCCCAUUACUGUUGUUCCCGAACGUAUUGUGCUACCUGAACAUGACGAGGCGGAAACAUCCAUGCAGUAUUCAAAUUCAACCAAUAAUUCUCCUGAAAGUGAAAUUCCGCCUCCCAUAAAUUUUAACGCUUAUCCGGCGUCAGUUGCAAAGCCUUUCACUAUAGACGAGCGAUUCCCAUCUGGCAUAAUAUCAGAUGUACCUUCAUUGCAGGUUUUUCGUAUGUCUGAAUAUCCCUUUGCUAGUAGUGACGAAUAUUAUAACGAACUGUCGGUCAGUCCUGGCGGAGAGCCGGAUCCGCCUGAACUGCUGCAAGUGCAGUACAAAACUUUGCCUAUUGUUUCACACAUUCCCAAUUCCCCGUGUACUGUUCAUCCAGAUCAAAUAUUUAACGAUCCGAAAAAUACCGCACUUCAUCAAUCAUUACGAGACUUAAGAGUAAAAAGUUUAUCUCCGAAUAUGGUUCAUUCAACUACGUACCCUCCUAUCAACCCCUAUCCAUCCUUGACGACGGUUGCGGGAACAUUCAAUCCAUACACCAAUACUGUUCCAGUUUGUACCAAUCAAAAUCAUCCCAUCUAUAAGCAACUGCAGCCUCCCUCUCCACACAGUACUUUAGGGAAGGAUGUAAACGCAAAUGUUAUGCAAACUCCCCCGGUACACACGGAUGAUAGGCCUAAAAGUGUUCACUUAGAAAGAAGAGUACAUUUUGGCGAAGUGACGACUGCGCCCGAUUCAGAUAUAUUGUCAAUCAAUUCGGAACUCGUGAGGGAAGCGAGUACCUCGCCCGCAUCCACCCUGAAACCCGCAUGGAGCAGCAAAAUCAAAGCCUUCGCCAUCGGCGAGGCUUCCCCACCUCAUUCUGGUAAUUUUGUGAAAGCGUCUGUUAGCGACAAGAAAAAAUUCUUCGAAAAUGCAAUGGAAGAAAGCCACAAACCGUCGCCAAAACCAGAACGAGUUUUCACAUUCCUAUCGGCGGAUGAGGUGGAGAAAUUGAAGCAGGAAGAGGAAAGGAAGAUGGCAUCUAUAUCGCGUGGUGAACUCGACUCGUGGUCCCCGGGAGAGGACCGCCAAAGCGAAUACAGCUCGCAUUCUGAUGAGGAACCCUAUGAGAAUGGCCAUAGUGUGUCGUUGGGUGGCGUGAGUCCGUCAGCGAAAUCCCAGCGGCGGCGAGCCGGCCGUGAUGGUAGUGACGGUGAAGACGCCGCCACACGAGCCGCUCGCCGAGCUGAAUGGCGCGCAGCCCGACUUCGCUCGCUCGAACAGGAAGCGAUCGAAUCAUCAAAGGCAAUAAAAAGCUUGGUAGGACCAGCAAAUGAUAUUAUACCACCAAGGGAUAAAUCUCCGUCCGAGAAAUGGCCUCUACCACGUAUCGCAUUACGUACAAAACCGGGGCCUAUACUAGCGGUGAAGGAGAAAGAAAAAUUAUUAGAUGAGCGCAUUACACUACGCACCGAGGAAUAUGUGUGCCCGUCAACCGGCGAGACCAAAGUGCGGACAGUCGAAUACAUAGAGAAAGUGAUUGAGAAAGAGGUGGAAACAACGCAAGAAAAAAUAAUAUCACUAGAGCUCACUACGAGUCCAAGUAGUGAAACCGCGCCCACCGACCUUGCAGAGGCCGGUAUCAGCUUAGGGGAGGGCGAGAUUGAAGGUGAUAACUCUCUCCAACCAGAUAUAGUGCAGGUGGUGAAUCCUCUCCUGGACAGCAGCGCAGGCCUUGUUACGGCGAUUCCUGUGGGACCAGGGCAAAGAAUAACCGCCUAUUCUGAACAGCCACAGUAGAAGCAAAGAUCUCUGCGUUCGUCCUCCUUGUAACCCUGCUCUUACCCAAAACCCAUGACAUUGCAUCAGCCAACACAUCCCACGACUCGGCUCUAGUCGAGAUUCGAACUCGAUUGUAGAUUUCUUCAACGACACGAAUAGCUAUUAUGGCACUGAAUCAGUUUUCCAUCUUAUUUUUGUAUUAUAAACUGUGAUAAUAAGUUUAGAUAACCACCACCGACUUCUUGUGUUUAUGGGACAAUUUGAAGAAA